AUGUCGCAGGUGAACAACCGUGGUGUCGUCAACAAGCGGUUGCGAAUAUCCUCAACAGGCGCCUUUCGUUCGCAUGAGAACCAGUCGUCAUCAUCGUCAACGAACGUCGCUCAGUCUCAAUUGAAUUCUUCGGGCGGUCUGUCAGUUGAUGAGGAAACCGAACUAUCCGCCGAUUCUAUCAAAGAACAGUUGGAUAGUGUCGACGAUAUUGUUACUCAGCCCAUAAUCGAAGUUCCAACGAAACGUUUACUACAUUUAAAAGAACUGGGCGGGAACUUAUUCGUUUCAUCAUCAACGAAAAUCUAUUCGAAAACUUUACAAAAACUAAUCGACCGUGUUUUAUUUACCAAAUCGUUAAAUAACGAUGUCAAUACUGCUUUGUCUGACUCGCAUGUUUUUGAACGUGUACUUGCUCGUUCAGAUGAUAAUGAUGUGUAUUCAACAUGUACAUCAUUGGCACAGCCAACGCCAGCAACGAUUCUAUUACUCGGUACAACAGCGUGUGAACAUGCGUUCGUAUGGAAAUUAUCACAACGUCGAAAUUUCAAAAUCUACUGUUCACCAGGAAACAGUGGAAUUAAAUUGGAUCACCCAUCUGUGAUGAUUACAAAUGUUUUUCAAACUGAAAAAGAUGUUUUGGACUUUGUGGACGCAAAACAAAUCGAUCUUGUUAUUGCGUUAAAUAAAACAUUUUAUUUUCAAGAACUUGAAGCACAGUUAGGCGAACGUAAUGUACAUUAUUUGGGCUGCUCAGUCGAUACAUUAGCGCUGAGUGAAGAUCGAUUAAAUGCCAAAAAGUUCAUGACAAAACAUAAUAUACCAACUUUAGAUUGGAUACACUGUUCGUCGUUCGAGGAGGGUGAAACGUUUCUAAAUAAACAUACAGAUCAACAACAAUGGAUCAUUCGUGCUAUUAAUGGCAAUCAACAAAUUCAUUGUCAAACAAGAGAUGAAACUUUACAAGCACUGAAAAAUACACUACAAAAUCAUUCAUUUGGCGAGAAUAAUCAAUCAGUCAUUAUGGAACUUGGUUAUUCAUUGGAGACUAGUCACAUAUGUACACUCUACAUUGUAAGUGAUGGUGAUGGUGAUUACACUCAGUUAUCUACAAUCGACUCAGAAGCUUCGCAAUCGGGUGCAUAUGGGCCCUGGCCAUAUUUAACAACAAAGCAAUGUUCAUUCAUUCGUCGUCGGAUUGUUGAACGAACGUUACGUUGUUCACCAUUGAUCCGUCACGUUUUCGGUUUUCGAUUAGUAAUUUAUGGUACAAAUUAUAAUGAAAUUAAACUGAUCGAUUAUAAAUCAACUCUCGAAGAGCCUGAAAGUGAAGUACUUUUAUUUUUAUGCGAACCUGAAAUUAUUCUUCAGUAUGCACUUGAUUUACCAUCAGUACCGAUACUUCCUUUAACCAGUAAAAAACGACGUAUUCAUUGUGUUAAUACAACGAUCAGAUCGAAGACAAGUUCUUUAACCGUUUCGAACAAGAUUCUUUUAGCGGCAAUGAAAAAUAACAAAGUGAAAAUCUUUCACAAUCAAACGAAGAUGAAUACAGAUGGAGAAGCAGGUAGUUUGGCAACAAAAGGAGAAAGAAUCUUCAAUGUACUUGGAUAUGGAUCAACAUUGCAAGAAGCACAAAUGCAAUCGGUUCUCGCUUGUGAAUAUAUCAAACAACAUGCGAAUAUUGAUGAUCUCGCAUUUUCAAAUGAAGUCGGUUCUCAAGCCAUCGAAUGGUAUAAAAUUCAUGGUGAUAUACUUAGUUCUAAAGUACAUGGUUUAACAAAUGGAAAGAAGAAAAAGAUUAAAAUCAAGAAUUCCAAUUCAAAAUCAUCUAAGAAAAGCAAUCAUAGUACGACUAUUCGCACUCAGAAUGCGACGAAUAGUCAAGAUAAUGAUGAAGAAAGUGAACAAACUAGCGACGAUGAUGAUGAAGAUGAUGAACAUGAACCAAUGGACUUCGAACGUGCAUUUGGUAUUGUAUCAGAUAGUUUGAAAGUUGAACCUACCGAUACCUAUCAAACAAAUGGUGAUACCAAUGGAUUGAAUGCUUUUGAAGGAGAGUUAUAUUUCGAUCUUUCGAGUAAAAUCGAUCUGAAAACAUACACUCAACCAGUACUCGUUUCGUCUACGAUUAAUUUAAACCCUCUAGCGGCUUUAUUCAAUUUAACUGAUGGAAAUAUGAACGAUAGUCAAACAAUCUAUGAAUAUCUUGGCCAUGAAUUAGCUGUUCGUUCUGCAAGCGAUCUUAUUGGUUCACGUGCAUUGUAUAUUCAAUGUUGUUCAUUACCAACAACCACUUCAGGACGAUCGAUUCAACGCUUUUAUCAUGGACUCGAACAAGCAUGUCAACAAUUAGAGUGUACACUACUUCAAACAACAUCGAUUUCCGCAUCAUCGUCAUUCAAUGCUUUAUGUACAGGGGUUGGUGAUCGAGAAUUAUUAACAUUGAAUAAUGAUUCGGGCAAUGUUGCAAUUAGCGAAGGCGAUUUGCUAUUUGGUCUUCGACGUAGUUCAGGUACAAUGAAUAGUCAUGGUUAUGUUCGAUUAAAAGACUUAUUUCAAAAGAAAAAUAUUCAUUUGAAUGAUGUCCUACCAUUUCGAAACAGCGAUGGAGAAGAAGAAACAUUUUUCUCUUUAUUAUUACAAAAAUCGUCAAUCUUAACAGCCGACUUCAUUGCAAUUAUCAAUGAACUUAUUCUCAAUCGAACUGUCAAAGCUAUUCGAUAUUUAAAAGAUCAUGGUUUAGCUAGUACAGUCGAAUCAAUACUUGGAUCAUCAACAGGCGCAUUCACUGCACAACUGAAUGGUCAACAAUGGCCAACAAUGCCACCUAUUUUCACAUGGAUCUACCAACACAGUGGUUAUAGUCAAGAUGAAAUGUUCGAAUAUUUCAAUUGUGGUGUUGAUUAUCUCCUGAUUAUCGAUCAUACAAAAGCAUCAGUUGAAAGUCUCCUUCAAAAAUUAACUCAAACGCAUAUAACAUGUUUUCAACUUGGCACAUUUGCUUCUACAAAUUCUACUCCUACACGUAACAAACCCAUUCGUGUACCUCAACAAUCUCAAACACGAACUCUUCAAUUACAGAAUAUUUUAUUCAAAUAUCCAAAACCUAAUCUCGCUGCAAAUAAUACAACCUCAGUUGUCAUCAAGGAUCGAAUGAAACAACCGAUUGCAAAUGACAAGACACGUUGUGCUGUACUCAUUUCCACCAACGACACUUCACUACUCUCUCUUCUUGCUUAUUCAACUUCAACAAUCGAUUGUGCAUUCGAAGUCGUUUUGGUUCUUUCGACAUUAGCUAGCCUAUCAGAUAUAGCUCGUGUCAAUGAGUUAUAUCCAUCGGUGGUAACAAAAGUAAUUCAACCGAAAAAAUAUGCGGCAAGAAAUUACGAUCUAGAUCAAAAAAUUGAUGAUGAAUUACAAUUUCACGGUUGUGAAUUGGUCAUUCUCGACCGUUAUGCCUGCCGUUUAUCACCAUCAUUUAUCCAAGCAUGGCGAGGACGAUUACUGAAUAUUUAUCCAUCGUUAUUGCCAUCAUUUCGGCAUAGUACAUCACCCAUUCGUGAUGCUUUACAAGCUGGCGUUCGUAUCACCGGUGUGACUGUUCAUUUCGUUGCCGAAUCGGAUAGCGACAUCGACGGACCAAUUAUUGCCCAAGAAAGUAUUCACAUAACACCGAUCGAGAAUGAAAUGCAAUUAGAGAAUCGUUUACGUACACUUGAACAACAAUUAUAUCCAAAAGCAAUUGACAUGGUUGCAUCGGGCAAGGUUGUCUAUCAAGCAAAAAAACGUUUUGGAAAAGUGAACAUGGCUCCGAUCAUCGCAUCGUCAGCUUAUUAA